AUGAGGACAACUCACUCACAGCUUCUAACUCCAGGCCGUGCUCAGCAAGGGUCAUGGCAGAAUCUACUUCUGCCCCCUAUUCUGCCUUCCCCUCCUUUAGCCAAAUCUAAUCAUGAUUCCUCUGUGAAUUAGUUGUGAAGUGUGCAGAAUAAAUAUAGGAGCUUGAAGCCCUCAGUCAUACUCACUAGAAUUUUCCUUAGUAAUGGUAAAAGAUAGCCUUCUUUGUUCUUUAGGAAUAAAUUUGCUUUGGGUAAAUUCUUCCCAAAACAUAGAAUAACUCAGCAACCUGGGCACCCCUUAACUGUGACUCUUGCCCACUCCAUAAUAUAUGGUCUGGAACUGGAUCUCCCAUCCCUUUCUGUCAGUGUCUUAUUGUUGGUGUUCCGGGUCUUCCACAAGGACAGGUACACCUCUGUGAGGAGCUUCUGGAAAUUACCAGUGAUACUUAAUAUUGUUGGCUCUACUAAUGAAGAUGAUAUGCAUGGAUGA